AGGUUAGGGUUAAGAUGUUAAGGUUGGGCAUUAACUGGUUGGUUAAGGUUAAGGCUUUGGUUAGGGCUGUCCAAACAAAUAGAAGUCAGAGCAGUGUGUGUGUGUGUGUAUGUACGGACGGACGGGAGAGAAAGACAGCAGGGUGUGAAGGAGAGAGAGAGAAGAGUUGUGUGGUCAUACUUUAGGAAAAUGCAUGUUGUUUUUUUGUUAUUGUUCUUCGUAUUUUGGACAAACAGUUGGACGAGGACAAACACUGCUGUGCGUGGACAGUCCGUGGACUUGUACUCGACUAUCAAGUUAAAUGCAGUCUGUGUGUGAAGUGCUGCACAUUUUGAGCCUCAAGAGAGACGUGAGAUGAGAUGCUCCUCCACACUAGCAAAAUUUUUACCAAUGUGGACGAGGUUUCUCCGGCACAGGUUCCUGACCACCAUGACAGGACGGAGACCAGAGGAAAACACACACCUGUGUAAUAACUGCAGUCCAAACAAAGCAAAUCUGAACAUUCAGAUGUGUGUGUGUGUGUGUUCAUAUCACUAUGCUACCAUGUUCUUUUUUUAUCACUAUUUUUCCUUAUUGUACACCUGAAUUGUGAUUUAUUCAGACAUGUUUUAGCAGCAUUUCUUAUCUGGCAACCUCUGAAUGUAACAGUUUUUUUUGCUUGUCUGUUUGUGUGGUUUUGUUUUUGGUUUGUUUAAAUUCUUUUUUUUCACAUGUAAGCUUCUUUUUGUUUUUGCUGCCUCUGCCUUUAACAGAUGAAUGUUCCUCUGGGGAUCAGUAAAGUGUAUCGUCUCAUUUCAUCUCAUCACAUCAAUCUGACCAUGGCCUCCUGCAGGACUGUGGACAUGGAGGAUGAAUGGGAAGAAGAGGAGCAGCUUGUUGUGGUGGAACUCUCUGGAAUAAUCAAUCACGACUUUCUGUCCAAGAGUCGGGGCACAUGUAAGAUACUGGAUAUUGACAGUGACAGACCCAUGAUGCAGGUGGGACAGUAUGUGUUUGCAGGAGAAUAUGAAGACGCUUUAGGAACUUGCGUGCUGUUCGAGGAGGGACCACAGAAAGAACAAGCCGACAGUGUACCAGACCUGAAGUACAUGUGCCACACUGUAAAGAAGCUGAUGAUGCAACGAAUCUUCCUCACAGAAAUAAAAGAGGGAGAAACCAGUGCAGCUGGGAGCAGUGAUGUUGGUGGACAGAGGGACUCAAGCUGUCAAACCAGUCAAGGAGAAAUGGGCAACCACCAGUGGGAGACAGAGGAAAAUAUGGACUGCAUAGUUUUUGAAACCUCAGCAGAGGGUUGAGCGGUUGAAAGUUUGCUAUAUAACAAUAUGAGGAUUUAAGAGGAUUUGGGGGAGAAUAUGGGAAUGUUUGCACAAAAGUAAAGUCUGAGCAGUCAGACACUUGAUUGUUUUGCUGUCUUGGCUGUUCUGUGCAUAUGAAGUAAUAAUGAAAAUAUUUGUAGCAGCCUUAACAAUCUGCUCCAUUUGAAAGAUUGUAGUAGGGAUUAGUUUACUGGACCAGUGAGCCAUUUAUACGUUCAAACAAGUAUAAAGGGUAUUUAGUUUAAAAGUAUAAAGCCUGUAUUUGUGAUGAAACAACAUUAUCACUCCUAUUGUGGCUACAGUGUUAAUAGAAAAAUGAGAAAGUAAUUUUUGGGGGGUCAAUUUAGUCAAGUAGGCUCACUGAUGUGAAGUUGCCAUCUUUUAUUUUGACAAAUUACAAAUUUUGCAGUUUGUGUUGUUUUGUGCUGUACUAAUGUGGAGUGAACAUUUGUUUACCAAGCAAAUGUUUGUCACUCAAGCUAUUGUAUAUAUUUAAAUAUAUUUUGUAAAGAAACUAAAAUAAAAAUAAAUUGUUAGUGUA